CCCAACACGUCCUUAAACCCUUUUCGUUUUUGUGACCCAAAUAUCACCCCUCUUCCUCAACUUGAACUCUGUUGUGUCUUCAACCUUGAAUGGCUUUCACCUUGUCAUAGAAUCAGCUGACAUCAUUGUUGUCAAACCUCAAACCCCUUUUCCCCGCAAAAUCCAAAAAUUCAACUCCCAGACUCUCAAAGGUAAGCCAUUUCUUGAAUUAUUAGCCAUGAACCAUUUGCAGAAACUGAUAACUCCAUUAAUUCUCAAAUGGGUUUCUUUAGAUUAUGUUUUUAACAAUUCUAGAUCAUCAAAAACGAUUCUUUGGGCAAGUGGAUCGUUCCACAUUGCCCAAAAGGUUAGAUUUUAUGCAACUAAAAAGAAGUCUAAAUUAGAGCAAGAAUGUAAUAUACCUCGUGCAGUGAGGAAAGAAGCACAAGCUGCUUUGUUAGAGUAUUUGCAUUCCACUAGAAGUUUACAGUUUAUGGAUGCUGAAUAUAUGAGUAAAAACUCACCUUUUUUUCUUUCCAAGUUGUUGGAAAGAGUGGAUAAUGAAACUGAUAUUCGAAGUUCUUUAACUCGAUUCUUGAGAUACCAUCCAAUCAAUGAAUUUGAACCAUUCUUUGAGAGCAUGGGUUUGAAACCUUGUCAGUACUUGUCAUUUCUUCCCAGAGAUUUGAUGUUUUUGAAUGAUGAUCUGGGGUUGUUGGAUAGUUAUCAUGUCUUGUGUAAUUAUGGUAUUUCACGAAAUAAGAUAGGAAGGAUUUUUGCUGAAGCUCCAGAAGUAUUUAGAUAUGAUCCUGGAGUUCUCGACUUGAAACUUCGUUCUUUUCAGGGGGUUGGUUUAGAUCAGUCUAAUGUGGUUAAGCUUGUUAGUGCAAGUCCUCAUCUUUUGAUUGGGAAUGUACACAAGGAAUUUUUUGAAGUUGUUGAGAAAUUAAAGACAGCGGGAGUUGAAUACAGUUGGAUUGAGGCGCAAUUGAAAGGAAAUUCUAUCGAUUGGUGUCAGUUACUUGACCUCAUGUGCUUCUUGAAUGGGUUGGGGUUGACUGAUGAACAAUUAGGAAAAUUAAUUUGUCAAGUUCCCCAUCUUCUGUUUGAUUGUUCUGGACGUACUACAUUUUUGCUAAUUGGAUUCUUGUCAAAAUUUGGUUUUGAGAAGCCCGAAUUACUCGAUGUAUUUCUACACUUACCACAAAUUCCAAUAAAGACAUUUGUUUUCAAUAUGAGGCAAUGCUACCAGUUCUUGAUUGAAAUUGAGAUGCCUGUCGUAGAGAUAGGAAAUAUCGUUCAUUCAUACCCUACAUUGCUAGGCUCAUGUGUUUUGAAGAAAGCUACGAGCUUGCUAACUAUCCUGAAUACGGGGAAGAAGCGGCUUUGUAGUGUGAUCAAGGAGAAUCCAGAAUUCUUGAGAAAUUUGGUUCGUGGAGCCAAAGUUGAAAAGUUACCAACAGCUGAGGAGGAGGUAAGAUCCAAAAUGAUGAAAAUGAAGUUCCUUUUAGAUUUGGGUUUUGCUGAGAACUCGAGCGAAAUGGAGAAAGCUCUCAAAGUAUUUAGAGGAAAAGGGGUGGAGCUCCAAGAGAGGUUUGAUUGUUUGGUAAAUGCUGGUUUGGAUCGAAAGCAUGUUGCUUCAGUGCUGAAAAUAUAUCCGCAAAUACUCAACCAAAGGAAAGAGGUACUUGAGGCAAAGAUUGAUUUUCUAGUGAAUAAAUUGGGUUAUCCACUGUCUGCUUUAGUUUCGUUUCCAUCUUACCUCAACUACACAAUUCCAAGAAUCAGGCUUAGGCUUUCAAUGUAUAAUUGGCUCAGAGAUCAAGGAAUGGUGGACUCCAGAUUGGCUUUGAGCACUAUCAUAGCUUCCUCAGAGAAAUUAUUCAUGAAGGCAUAUGUAAAUCCUCAUCCUAAAGGGCUUGAAGUCUGGCAAGAUCUGAAAAGAGAGAUAUAUACUGAUUAAGUGACAUCUGGUUACAUUGGCAAGGGAAAGUUUAAAGCUUGAAGUCUAUUUAAAGCGCAGUCUCCUGCUUAAGUUAAAUGAGUACCAUUUCUAAAUGUGUUAACUUUGAGUGAAACUAAAAGGAGCAGGCAUCCAGGUGCAUUAUAGAUCAAGGUAUUAAGCUAUAUGGCAUGGAGUGUGAAACCCCACAGCCAAUUUCAAGAACAAAAGUGACUGCACAUUGAUCAAUGCAGGAAGAGCUGUUAAAAAUCGGCAAUCUUUCUGGUUGUCUGCAACAAGGGAAAGAAGGAAGAAAAUAAGAAGAAAUAAGAGCCAGAAGGUGAACAACAUCAAAGUUCCAAAAGCAGCGCAGAAUCACUCUAACAAGUACACAGCACGGCAAGAAGAGGUUUUAUGGGAUGACAAGAUUCUGCACGAUUGUCUAUAUAACUUAAGAAAACGAGUAAGCUCAAUAAGGCUGAAGAGGGCUUCGGCUUUUUCCUAUGCAAUCCAGCUAUGAUUUUGUUAGGGUCAAUGCUCUCAAGUAUCUCAGCAAAAACUGUGUUGUAAACUUGCUUCUUGUGGUUUCUUUGCCCAACUUAUACGAUCAUGGAGAAAACUAUUUUUUCGUUUAUUUUUAGAGGAAUUAUUUCCUUGUAUGAGAACCACCGUUCAUGUACUAUUCCUCCUUAGCAAUAAGAGCAAUUGAGAAUUCUUAUUCCUCAUUCA